AUCCACUCCAUGCAGUAUCGCGGGCUUCGCGGCUAACUUCCCAGCCACUGCUUGCGCCAUCCCCCCACCCGCCGCUCAACCCAAACCCAACCGGCCCCGGAAUUCGAAAAAAUCCCGACGAGCCACCGCCACGCGACGCCCCCUCCCUCCCUCCGCCGACCACCCCACCGCGAGAGUCCGGGAUCGCGACACGGCGCGCCCGUACCAUGCCGUGACGCCCGGACCCACCCACCAAAGCGCAGCCGCCUCGCCCCACAUGCCCUUCCCCUCGCCGCGCGCGCACGCCAUGGGCGUGGCCGUGCCCGCUGUAACCCGCCUUCGUCUCCUACCUGGGGUUCACCUCGCCUCGAUCUUUUCCCUGGUCACCCGGGGCCGAGGGCGCGGGCAUGGCCGCGCCGUGGCGGCGGUGAGGGCGCACGAGCAAGGCGCGGCGCCGCCCGACCCGGCGGCCAUCCUGCGGCGGCCGGAGGUGGCUACUACCACGUCGACGGAGGAGAGGGAGAGCGACACGGAAUCCUCGUUUGAUGUCCCGGGGGAGGACAAGGCGCCGGAUGAAGGAGGUCAAGGGAGGAGGAAGGCGCCGGAGAGGGAGUGGGUGGACUGGGAGGACCUUAUCCUCGAGGACACCGUGCCGCUCGUUGGCUUCGUCCGGAUGAUCCUCCACUCCGGCAAGUAUGAGAGCGGUGAUCGGCUGAGUCCUGGACAUGAAAAGGCUAUUAUGGAAAGGUUGCUUCCAUACCAUCCACAAUAUGAGAAGAAAAUUGGAUGUGGUAUUGACUACAUCAAGGUAGGGUUACAUCCGGAAUUUGAAAACUCCAGGUGUUUAUUCAUAGUUAGGAAGGAUGGUGAGCAAGUUGAUUUUUCGUUCUGGAAGUGCAUCAAAGGUCUCAUCCGACAAAAGUACCCCUUGUAUGCCGAUAGUUUCAUUCUCAGGCAUUUCCGCAGGAGACAAGAUUACUGAAGUAGAUGCCAGUACUAUUGUUUCACUGUAAUAUUUCUGUGAUAUUGAUUUUGUCCACAUGGCCUUAAUGUGAUUUCACAUUUGUUCAAAUCCAUGUGGAUUGUUCCGUUCUAAGCUUAGAUAUAUAGGUUACUGUUUUGCAGAUGAACUUUUGGUGCCCUAUUCACUUGCUAGCUUGUUAGCACUUAGCAGCAUGUUUAUACUGACAUACUGUUACUGUUCUUUGCGUAAUGCACACACAUGCAAUAAGAUUGCAAAAGGAGCUAUAAUAUGGUUCGUCCUUCAUAAGUU